AAAGUACCCGAGGAGAGCCAACUCGUAUUCCGUGGCGGCGGGAACAAUACCAUCAGAGAACUACUCGAAGGAGGGCAGCGAUUCGUUGAGGGGAGCAUUGAAUGUGCCGCACUGAUGGACGAAACCAAUUUCAUAAACGGGGGCGAUACUGGCACGGGCAAAAAGAAACCAAUAUUCACUCGAGCAAUAUGCCAUGGCUUUCACGAAGUCGAGUCCACCACUGAGGGUAUCGUGCGAACGUCGCAUCGGAUGAUAUCGAUAGCAUGCCUUCGAUACCCAAACAUAUUUGUGUCAGGUAGGAGGGCAUCUUUGCUGAAGUUGCAUCCCCCUGCUGACCCUGACUUCAAGCUCAGAUCAUUCUCCUUUGCUGGUGCUGUUGAAGUGCCGGGGGUAGUGAACUUCCUACAACUACUCUCUGUUCCGAAGGAUGGGCUUGGCGGUGCAAUUUGGGCAAACACGUAA